UGACAGAUUGCUCUCUCCAGGCUGUUACCUCGUUGCUCCUGAUGGGGCAGCAAAGAGCGCAGUGACGUCUGCUACCGCCAGAGAAACCACCAGCACUCUUCUCCCGCGUCACUUGUUGAAGUCUAAACCGACACGAAACUUGCGUGUGGGAUGACAUCAUGAUAACACCUGAGCAGAAGCAGUCUAUGGACACUACACAGUGGCACCGACGUCUUCAUAGGACUUAGUUUCUGUUUGAGUUUUGAAAGCGAAAGCGUCCCAAGUUCCGAGAGCGUCCGAGAUAACAGGAAGAGGGAGCGCCGGCUAAACGGCGUUUGUGUGUAAUAAACAAUAAUAGUAUUGUGCUGCUAUAAUUUCAAGAGUUACGCUGUGUAAACGUUUGUAAUGCAGACUCGGCAUGUCUGCCAAAGCGACCGUGAGGAGAAACAAAACAGCCAUCCAAAGGAUUCUGUCCGGAGACCACAGGCUGAUCCUCAACAAAGUUUAUGAGAAGGAGCUGAUCAAUCAACGGGAGUACAACAGUCUUAAAAGUAUCAACAGGGAAGAUGCGGAGGGACACGUUAUUGAGCUCGUGGAUAAGAUCAUGAAUAAAGGAGACGAUACGUGCGGAGCUUUCCUGAACCUCCUGCAAACUGAUGAAGACAUUAAAAGUACUUUCCCUGAGCUGAAGGACUUACAACUGAAUGAGGCCCUCUUUGUACCCAGGCCGGUCGAAAUUUCUCCACCUCACAAUGGCGUCGAGUCAAAAGGUAUACAACAUAACUCCAGCCAAAGGGAAACGAUGUUCGACGACGGGAAAGGAAAAGGAGCGCAACAUGUGACGCCCCGUUCCGAUAGGAGCAGGUCCACGACAAAUAUUCGGACUUUGUUGGACAUAAACAACGAACUGGAAUCUUCUGAGGUGGCUGCUCUUUGCUUCUUGUGUAGUGAUGUUGUCAGUAGGAAACAUCUGGAGGAGAUCAGGCAGGCCAAAGAUCUCUUCUCAAGGUUAAGUGAAAAAGGUCUACUGGAGAACAAUACAUUCAUCAAGGAGCUGCUCCGCACUAUCCAUAGAGAAGACCUCAUCAUACGCUUAGAGGCAGACAGAGGAAAUCUAGAGGAAACAGAUGCUAGACGUGUCCUGUCAAACUUCAGAAUAAUGCUGUACAAAAUAUAUGAUGACAUGACUGUAGAUGGUCUUGAAAGCAUGAAGCUUCUACUGAUGUCAAAGCUGGGCAAACGACACCUUGAUCACUGCAAAACAGCGCUGGAUGUGUUUGCUGAAAUGGAAAAGAAAGAGUUGAUAUCAGACACACAUGUUGAUGAGCUGUAUGACGUGCUGCUAAAGCUGGACGUAAAACUGGCAAAGACUGUGAAACACUACACCAUGAGUCGGUGAAGACUGUGAUGGACAGCCAGACACAGAGCCCGCCUUUCUUCAGCCAGGAGAUGGAUGAUAUCUCGACUGUCCUGGCACGUGUGAACAGGGAGAUCAACAGAAGAGAGUAUUUAGAUGCCAGAGCCCUGAUACACUCUCACCAAGAGGCUCAUCCUCAAAUAUGUGAGAUCAAGUACAACACUGCAAGAGUCCCAAAGUCCCAGAUUCACACGAUCAUAGACAUUAUCAAUCUGGUUUACAGUGUGUCUGUGGUUUUAUUUAUGGAAGCAUUUGUGCUUUUUUAUUUUGUCAUAAUACACAUGCAGUAUCUCAAAAAAGUGAGUACACCCCUCAAAUUUUUGUAAAUAUCUUUUCAUGGAACAACAUUAAAGAUAUGACACAAAGUAGUCAGUGUACAGCUUGUAUAACAGUGCAAAUUUGCUGUCCCCUCUAAAUAACUCAACAUACAGCCAUUAUUGCCUAAACCGCUGGCAACAAAAGUGAGUACACCCCUAUGUGAAAAUGUCCAAAUUGUGCCCAAUUAGCCAUUUUCCUUCCUGGUGUCAUGUGACUCGUUAGUUUUGCAAGGUUUCAGGUGCAAAUAGGGAACAGGUGUGUUGAAUUUGGGGUUAUUGCUCUCACACUCUCUCAUUCUGGUCACUGGAAGUUUAAUGUGGGACAUCAUGGCAAAGAAUUCUCUGAGGAUCUGAAAAAAAGAAUUGUUACUGUACAUAAAGAUGGCCUAUAGGCUAUAAAAAUAUUGCCCAUACCAUGAAAUUGAGCUGCAGCAUGGUGGCCAAGACCAUACAGCGGUUUAACAGGACAGGUUCCACUCAAAACAAACCUCGCCAUGGUCAACCAAAGAAGUUGAGCGCACAUGCUCAGCAUCAUAUCCAGAGGUUGUCUUUUGAAAAUAGAUCAGUGCUGCCAGCAUUGCUGCAGAGGCUGAAGGCGUGGAGGGUCAGCCUGUCAGUGCUUAGACCACACACUGCAUUAAAUGGCUGUCGUCCCAGAAGGACGCCUCUUCUAAAGAUAAUGCAUAAGAAAGCAUGCAAACAGUUUGCUGAAGACAAGCACAGGACUACCUGUGGUCUGAUGAGACCAAGAUAAACAUAUUUGGUUCAGAUGGUGUGAAGGGUGUGUCAUAUAUUCAGUGUUAUCCCAUGAAAAGAUAUAACAAAAUAUUUGAGGCAUGUACUCACUUUUGUGAGAUACUGUAUAUAGUAAUUAUCUAAUGGUUUGAAACAAAGUGAAUUAUAAUCAAAUUAUAAAAUUUUGUCCGUUCAAGACCAAUGAACUGUUGCCACUGGAAAAAUGGAACUAAACUCUGGAUUUCUUUAUAAUUUGAUUGUAGAUUUUUGUUUUGUGUUUGAUUACUUAAAAUUCAGCUGUUUUUCACAGCGACUGCCUUUUGUUGAUGUCAUUUUCCUUUGUCCUGAAAGUUUAGGUUCUGUAAAUGUAAGUGUUAAAUUAUCUAUUUGCUGAAAAGGAUUUUAUUUUUUAUUUUUCCUGCAUUAUUGUCUGUAUUACAAGGUUAAAAAAAAAAAAAAAAACUUCAUACACUAUCUUUAAGACUUGGGUUUUUUUUGUGUGGGGGGGUGGCUGCGUAUGCCAUGGGAAUUGGGUGCUGUGAUGUCUGCCUGCUGAGACGAGGGGUGCUGCAGCACAGCUACUUCUCAGCGUCUACACCAAAGGCUGUGAACACGUUAUUCCCGCUGUAGAGAUGUAGAAGGCUGUGGAGGCUGGGUCAGCUCGCCAAAGACAGGAGGCUGAGACGGCUGAACGAAAUGAACAAACUUCAAAAUGUCAGGGGGUCAGAGGUGGUUAAGGCCCCAGGCUCAGUCUGGGUAGGCCCCGGGGAAGGUUUUAAUCACCAGGGGGCCCAUCUUGGCCACACAAAAAACAGUCUUAAAGAGAGUGUCCUUGAAGUCAGUUUGGUGGCUUAACUAGUUCUUUAUUGUUUUGUUGCAUGACAGACGCAGAAUUUACAUAGGUUCAAGUUAAAAAUGGCUGCCAUGUCUGUUUACUCACUCAGAAGCCUCAAACGAGCAAAGAGCACCAAACCCAGGCAGUAUACACUUUUAUUGUGGAUCACAGAAACAGAAUGUUAACAUUUCUUGAUGCAUGCUCAAUCAUCCAGGUAAGUAAAUCCCCAAAAGUGGAUUUUGUUCAGUCCCACAGUGGGACUUAAAAUCCUUAAAAUCACAGAUCUUUGGUUUCAAAAAGGAAAAGAAAAAACAAAUGAAAGAAAACAAUUGAAAAUAGGAUUUCUGUAUUUCCUACCCUAAUACGGCACCACUUUUAGCAUAAUCGAUGUUUAAUGAGGAGGAUAUAGCUUGAAUUAGUGUCCUGGAAUUUGACUCUCUAACAUUUAAUAAUAAUAUUAAUAAUAAUAAUACAUUUUAUUUAAAAGAGCCCAAGGACACUGUGAAGAGCAAAUGAGACGGGCAUAAAAACAGGAAAUAAUAAGAGAAAGUUUAAGAACAUGGGGAAGUUAUAUAGAGUAGGCGAUCUUGGACAGAUGGGUUUUGAGGGUGGCCUUAAAAUUUGAAUUGAAUUUGAAUUUUUUUUUUUUUUUUUUUUGAAUGAAGUGAUGUUUCUGAGGUCAGGGGGUAGGGAAUUCCAAAGUCGAGGGGCAGAGCGACUAAAAGCCCUGCCCCCCAUGGUAAUAAGACGAAAGGAUGGAACAGGAAGGAAGAAGAGAAGAGGUCAUGCUGUUCAUUUGCAAAUGCAGCAAAACGGCAAAAACAUGUUCUUUGAAGGUUGCUCCAGCUGCCAUGGUGCUCCUUUCUGUCCUGAGAUGAUGUGUGGCUGCUUCAAAACGCUGGAGUCUUGAAUACAACUGUUUUCCAUACUGUCAAUUCUUUAAGUGUAGUUCAUCAGUGCUUGUCAUUCUCCCUCCUUUUUCUGAAAAAGGACAGCAUUCACAACCCUACCUUCUUCAGAAACACCGAAUUAAAACAAUUCAGCACAAUACUGUUGCAGCUUGAGUUGGAGCUUCUUUAGUGGUUUUGAAAGGAUCUUCUUCCUUGUAGGGAAGCUUCCCCCUGCUGUGGUCCCACUUUAGGUUGUCCCAUCAAUCGCUGGGUGGCUCUUUUUCCUCUUGGACACUCUCUCCACCAAUGUCCUACUUCUCCACAAUUAUUACAGGUACUAAACAUCGUCUUUAAGUCUAGAGAGCUCCUUUGGCACCAUAUUCCAUCCCAUGAUGUUUGCUGUCGAUGCACAGUGCAGUAGUUUGGAGUCGACCCCCAAAUUGCUGGAGCUGGUGGGUUCUGCUGUUGUUGUGCUAAAGCCGCAGCUACUGCUUGCUCUAGAUCAGCCUUCAGAUCCAUAGAUGUUACCACGGUUUCUCUGGGCGUCGCCUUUAUUUUAUCAGCUUUGGUGUUGGAAAUCAAUCUCUUUAUGAAUUAAUGGAUGUGACUUUCGCACAAAUAUAUACAAUACAUUUCUAAAGCACAAAGGCAGGAGACAAACAUCUUGUUCUUUAACUGAUUUUAAGAAAGAAGUCUUGGAAAGUCAUCCUAGUCAGACCACUGACCAUUCUGAUGUCCCUGAACCCAACAAUGAUGAAUGCUCUAGUGAUGUUGAUCCAGAAAGUGCAUCUUGUGCUGUUCUUCAAGGACUUAGCUUACUCCUACUUGAGUUAGAAAGGACUUAUAAUGCUUCAGUGAGGUGCAUUGAUGCUUUGGCUGAAGGUCUUUUCUAUAUUUCUUCUGCUGCAUCUGUGGAGGCUGAAAAUCAGUUAAAAAUAUAAUUGAUUCAGCACUGAAAUCUAACAAAUGCACAGUUGACCACACUAUCAUAAAGGACUUGGCUGAACAGUUGCGCAGCUCGCAUCCCAUUAGUAGAGCUCUUGGAGCAGGCGGGCCACUUGGUUCAGCUUUUAAGAAAAAUAAGUAUUUUAAGGAGCAUUUCCAGUUUGUGGAUCCUAUUGAAUAUAUUCUUGAUGCUGAACAAAAAGGUUUUCAAUAUGUACCAGUUCUUAAGACUUUGCAAGAAGUACUGAAGAACAAAGAUAUUGCAAUGGAAGCCUUUUUGAGGUGCUCAAGUAGCACUGGGCAUUUUAAGUCCGUUUUUUAUGGUACAUGUUUUUAGGAAAAUUACUUUUAUGCUGUAGAAGAAACAAGACUCUCUAUAAUAAUUUGUGUUGAUGACUUUGAGGUGUGUAACCCAUUAAGAACCUCUUGAAAAAAACAUAAAAUAACUAGUUUAUUGGGUUUUGGCCAAUUUGCCAUUGAGAUUACUGUCUGCUUUAACAUCAAUACAACUAGCUUUACUUUGCAAAUCUGUUGAUGUAAAACAGUUUAAAUACAAAGUAGUAUUGGAUCCACUUUUGAAAUAUCUUCUCACUCUUGAAAAGGAGAGGGUUUUUAUUUCAUGUUUAGGGAGAAAUAUUAAAGGCGCCCUACACUGUGUUGUAGCCGAUAACCUUGGUGCUCAUGCAAAUAGUGGACUUGUUGAAAGUUUUAAUGGGCCAUAUGUUCGUAGAUUCUGCUUUGGACAUUCUUCAGAGUACCAGACACAUAAAGUACGGUCUGGGGUCCUCCCACUUCGAAAAAAGGAUGACUAUGUUUUACAUGUACAAUCUGUCAAAGAAAAUCCAAAUUUAGUGCCUCAUUUUGGCUUAAAGCGGUCAUGUCCAUUAACUGAUCAACUUAAUCAUUUUCACUUUGUGUCUGGAUACCCACCAGAUGCCCUUCAUGACCUUUUUGAGGGAAUAGUGCCAAGAGAGUUAGCAUUGUGUUUUCAAGGUUUUUUUUGAAGAAGCACUGCUUCAGUUUGACUUAACUGAAUAAUGUAAUCAAAUGUUUUCCAUAUAAGGGCUCAGACAAAUUUAACAGCCCAAAAGCAAUCCCUCCACAUUUGCAAAAAUAUACAAAACUACAACAACAACAAAAAACUUGAUAACAUGUACAUCUCCCAAGUAUUUGUUUUUUGCAACAUUUGGUGUGUUGAAAUCUGCUAUUUGUUUUAUAGUUUUACAUCUCAACUGUUGUAUAAACAAAAAGUAAUAAAUAAUUUUAUUUAAUUGAAGGGAAAUUUAACUCUGCCCAUUUACAUUUUAUUCUAGGUUGAACGAGAUGGAGGCAAAGCUUUAUGUAAUUAUUGAUGACCAAAUCGAGAAGUUGGUUCUUCCAUCAGGGAUCCCACCAGCAGUGGAGGAGCUGCAGAGUGUUGUGAAGGAUACCUUUGGGUUUUCAAACGACUUCAGUCUUCAGUAUUUUGACCCAGAAUUUCAGGACUACUUCACUCUUCACAGAACUGACCAGAUAAAAGACAAAGACACUGUGAAGGAUUUUGGCAUCACCCCAGUCAUCCUAAGCUUGACUCCGGUUGAUGACAGUUUUGGCAUCCCCUCUGGCCAACUGUCAAUGGACUAUGACUCCUCAUAUGCUGAGUCAGUUGUAUCCAGUGCAGACUCUGCUGCAACCACAUCUUCUCAGGACACCAUUAUUCUCAAAAGGCAGAAGACCACAGAACGUUGUGAGCCCUGGCCGAAGCAGUUUCCCAUUCCACAGUUUGCAUAUGAAAUAGAGAUGUACCUGGAAACAGCCACUGAGGAGUAUAAAAAGAAUGGAAAUCUUCUGCCUACCUCCAAAGUAAAGACUGACAUUCUUGAGAAGUUGGCUGAAACUAUAUUUACAUUUACAGCCUAUCCUUCAAGUGCACAGGUUAGUUAUGUUGCUGAGGCACUUGUGACAAAAUACCCUUAUCUCAAGGAACCUGGCUCUUUCGCAGGUUAUUAUGGUUAGCAACAAAGCAUCAAAUACAAGAUGGCCAAUUAUCGUACAAAACUUAGAGGGUUUGGUGUUCCUAAGUUGACAUGCAAUGCUAUGAAACACAAGAGUCCAGGUGACCAGAAGUCUGCAAAGAAAGUGAAAAAGCCUCAAAAAACAGAGGUAAAUUACCUUCCGCCAUAUCCAGCAGGUGAAGAUGAGGACAGUCAAGAAGAAGAGAGAAUUCAGUUGCUUACUGAAGUCAAGAAAAGAGACAACAAAGUGAUAAAAGAAAAAUGGCCAAAACAUUUGCACAUAGACUACAUGAAAUCAUCAACCUAUCCCCCAGCAUUGAGGACAUCGAAGCCAGAUGGCCAGCUUUGUUUGAGGCAUCUCAUCUGCAGGAUGAGUUCUACAGGAUCACCCUGGUACACCUUGAACCCAAAUUCAUGUCCAUUCUGGAUGAGUACACUCACAAGCUGUUGGCCCUUUUCCAUCCCAAGGGGGGAGCCAUGGGAUUGAAGUUGCAGGCUAUCAUAGCCAAGUGACCAAGCAAUCCUAGCAAUAACAUAACCAGAAAUCUGGUUAUUCAGUGCUUGAUGGUGUACCCUGGGGAGUCCAUUGAUCAACUGAUCAAAGAGUACAGUGAUGCUGAUGGGGAUGGUGUGUCACAAGAUCUUUCUAAACAGAGGAUGAAAAUCUACCAAAUCAAGGUUGUUGGAUCUGAGGAGGAUGACAUUGGCAUUGUGCCGGAGGGUGUGAGAGUUAUGCCUGCUCUGGGUAAUUUUCCAAGAGCAUGCGCAAUGCUGGUUGGAUUGACAUAUGCAGUUGAUCUUGCCUAUCCCAAAGAGCUAAAAUACACCUUGGAAGUAUUCCAGAAACUUUUCCUUGAACUGGAUUGUGCUAGGCUCUCACCAAAAGUGAACAGCCUCAAGAAUAAGUUGAUGGCUUAAACAAGGACUCUGAAAGAAUGAAAGGAAGUAAGCGCACUCAAAACGUUUGGUUUGUCUUUGUUAGAUGUGGCUAUCUUUUCAGUUUUCAAGUAAAUUUCAACUUGAAAAAUGACCUGCAAUGUGUCAGGCUGUAUUUGUGCUCUUUAUUUUAAUGUUUGUUUUUUUAUUACCUACAAGUUUCUUGGGAAUGUUCUGUUUGAAAGGCAACAAAUUGGAGGAAUCACUAGUGAAGCUUUUCUUUGUUUAUAUUUUAUGUUACUAUAAAACAUUAGUUUAAAACAAGUUUGUCUGCAAUUCUGUUCAAUUUUAAUCUAGUCCUGUAGAUGUAGAAAUGUUACUUCCUCUUACAUGUGUCUUAGAUUUUCUCAGCUUAAACUUCCAUAUUGGGAUAAAAGGUUGAUUUACAUUAUUGAUAU